AUGGCGCGGGCACUGUGGUGGAUUCUCUGUGCCUGCUUCGCUGCCGUUGGCUGCGCUGCGCCGGAUCUGCCACCAUUGGCAGACGAUACCACAUGCUCAAUUCCAGAGGAGAUCUUGCCCCAUGCGAGUGCAUGGAGCGGUUACCGAUCUUUGCACGUCCUGGACUGCUUUGGGAAUUCCGGAAAAAUAGCGCGACAGUGGACCAAAGAGGGCUUCGUCAGUAGCCAGUAUGACAUCAAGCUGAAUCAUGAACACGACGUGGUCAGCCGUGCUGGGUACUUUGCCUUGCUGGAUCUUGCAUUAUCGAGGUUGGGAGUUACCCCGCAGAUGCUGGUAUGGAUGGGCAAGAACAUCUUGGACCCCUUCGAGAACGAGCAUGGCGGACAUGGUCAUGGCGGCCAUGGUCACCGCCUGGUCCUUUAUGCCAACGGCGUGGGCGAGCAGAUGGUGGCCAGAGGAGUGGACUUUAGGUUUACAAAAGAUGGAGAGCUAGCCAGUCCAGGGCUGGCUAACGAGGUCACCUUCCAGUUCAGGGAGACGAAGACGGAUCAGUUGGCCUUCGGAGAGAGCAAGACCCUGAAGGCCACGGGAAAGACACACGUCUGCCCAGUGAGUGGAGGCUUUGGAGCGGAUGAGGAUCACAUGGCCGACCCGUUUUGGGGACCAGCACACAGAUGGAAAGAAUCUGAGGAUUGGAGGCCACGGCACUGUUCCAGGCCACGGGAGAGAUUGAGUUGGUCAAGAGGAUGGUCCGUUGGUCCAGUGCCGCCGUACAUCCCAAAGGUGUCACAGAAGAUGGCCGGCGUUCCCAGCACCGUCCACUACACCUGAGGACGUGGGGGGGAUCCGGCGUUGCCACAGCUGGGUCACGAGGGUGACUCAGCCAUCACCAAACAAGGUGCACCAGCGCCGCGACAUGAAA